CCCUGAUGUAUGCUAAUUUUUGACUCUAAUUUUCACUUCCCCCCCGCGUUAUCUUCGGUCUCUCACUCCAGAGCACCUUGAAGAUUGGUCAAGUUCAUUCGACAGGAGCUUUUGUCCUUUGACUUGGAGUUGCCCAUACCAGCACAAUGGCGCACUUAUCUCACUUAUCUGGGACGUCAUCGUCCCUUCCUCAAGAUUAUGCCAUUCUAUCUCGUUUUGCCGCUCCCCCAUCAGAGGAAACGCAGGAGGAGCUUGAGGUUUCUCCUGCCAGGAAUGAUCAGGAGGAAUGUGGUGAAGAAGACGGCUUGCUUGCAUCACGGAAGCAGGUUAGGCGCACCAGCUUCCCUUCAUCGUAUAUCCUUCCCCCGCAACCGUCCAUGAAUAUCAUUCCCACAGCACAAAAUGUGCCUCAGCCGACUGAGAACACACCCCUCCUGGCACCUUUUAUGCCCCGCAUCCAAGAAGAUGUGGACUUUCCUUGCGAUGGACAGGAGCCUACCACCGCUCAAAUGUACUGGGAAGAACUUCGUAUCUUGUGCAAAUACGCUUUGCCUGUCUUUGGCACGCACGUCUUCGAGCACAGCAUGAUAAUGGCGUCUGUGGUCUCCAUAGGCCAUAUAUCAACCGUCGCUCUUGCUGCCGCAACUAUUGGGUUCAUGACUGCUAACGUCACUGGUUUGAGCAUUAUACAUGGGCUUGUUUCAUCUUUAGACACAAUGCUUCCCGGGGCUUGGACUUCCGAUCAGCCGCAACUCGUUGGACUAUGGACGCAGCGCAUGGCGGUCGUAGUGGCUGUUACCCUCAUACCUAUGUUUGCUAUUUGGUUCAAUGCGGAGCCUAUCCUGCUUUUAUUGAGGCAAGAUCCGGAGGUUGCGCGGCUCGCUGGUAUUUACUUGAAAUGGGCCUCAUUAGGUCUACCGGCCUAUGCAUUCAAUACUAUUUCCCGCCGAUAUUUCCAAUCCCAAGGUCUCUUCGAUGCGCCAACUCGCAUCAUCGUGGCAGUAGCACCUAUCAACGUGCUUUUGAAUUAUCUGCUGGUAUGGGGUCCAGAACCAAUCAGGUUGGGUUUCAUCGGCGCCCCGAUCGCGACAUCGGUUUCCUAUAAUCUUGUUUCAAUAGUCUCUGUUGUUUACGGUGUUUUCUUUGUUGAGAAGACCGCUUGGCAUCCGAUUUCAAGGCGGUCUUUUACCUCGUUGGGUCUUCUUGUCCAGCUUGGAUUAGGCGGCGUUGGUCAAGUCGCUUCAGAGUGGUGGUCAUGGGAGCUGGUUGGGCUUGCUGCUAGUUUCCUUGGGCCUACGGCGUUGGCAACUCAAUCAGUUCUUUUGUCGACAUGUUCAUCCACUUUCCAAGCCCCAUUUUCUUUGGGUGUUGCGACCUCCGUCCGUAUCGGAAAUCUUCUUGGAGAAAAGAAUGCAAGGCGUGCUGGAGUUUCUGCGAAUGCAGCUAUCAUUCUCUCCGCUGCAAUAGCGGCAUUCUUUAGUGCCGUUUUGUUGAUUUUCCGCAAGUCAUGGGGUUAUUUAUUCAAUAACGAUAUCGAGGUCGUGACACUUGUGGCAUCUAUCCUCCCGUUAUUGGCGUUGUUCCAAGUACCCGACUUUGCAUGUGCUAUUACAGCCGGAAUACUGAGAGCUAGGGGCAAACAGUUCACGGGAGCUCUAAUCAAUCUUAGCGCGUACUACAUCAUAGGGAUUCCGUUUGGGUUGUGGCUCGCCUUCAAGCAGGACCUGCAGCUCGCAGGACUUUGGUGUGGUCUUACCGCUGCUCUGGUUUACGCAUCAACUCUUGGCAUCUGGCUCUGCCUCAGAACAGAUUGGAAGAGGGAGGUUGAGAAAGUAGUUGAGCGCCUAGCUGUUGACAAGCUCCGUGAUGAACAUGCGGACUGUGAACAUUUGGCGCAAUGAUGGACGAGCUAGCUGAUGAUGGCUAGUGCGGCUCGGUUUGGUUUAUUCAUGUCUUUAACGAUAAUCAUGAGGCUUACUUGGACUAAAUCAUCCCCUUGUGGGAAAUUCAUUAUCAGACUGUGCCUCGUCUGCAGGCUGCAUUUGCGAGCACAUGGCUUCUCUGCAGACUUCUUUCCCUUGACGUGACUUCCUGUGACUGCUUCUUUCGAAGCCUUGUCAGAAUGUGAACUUGGGUGUUGAGCGGUUCAAUGGAGGCGCAUCACAGCCCGAGUCGGGCUGGGCAGACUAGGCCUCGGUGACCUGACGUUCUGAUUGACGGGGGCAACGUCAUUCACGCUCUUUCUCAUGAAAUGUCAAUCAAAUGAAAUUAGGUAUCUCGAGGAAGCACAUCC